GACAUAAAAAAAAAACCCUAGAGGCCGCCAUCUUGUCUUCUUCCUUGUUCGACGACUGUAGUAGACAUCGGAGCAACCACCCAAGAUCACCACCCUCAACCGAGAAUGAGCCAUAUGGCAGAGCGUGUUACUGGCCAGUUUCAGGCAAAGUGCUUGGAAACAAGAGAAGCCGUUGCAACUAGAAAAGUGUUGAAAGAUAAACGAUACAAGAACCGUGAACUGCAAACUAUGCGGUUUCUUGAUCAUCCUAAUGUUGUUUCACUCAAACACUGCUUCUUUUCUACAACAGACGACAAGGAUGAGCUGUAUCUUAAUCUGGUUCUUGAGUAUGUUCCAGAAACAACUUAUCGUGUAGCAAGACAAUACCCCAAGGCGAAUCAGAGGAUGACCAUGAUAUCUAUCAAACUACAAACCUAUCAGAUUUUUAAAGCCUUGGCUUAUAUUCAGGCCAUUGGGGUUUGUCACAGAGACAUUAAGCCUGAAAAUAUUUUAGUGAAUCCUCAUUCUCACCUGCUCAAACUCUGCGACUUUGAGACCUCAAAAGUUCUGGUCAAAGGGGAAACAAUUAUAUCCUACAUAUGUUCUCGGUACCACCCUGCACCCGAACUCAUAUUUGGUGCAACCGAGUACCCAAUUGCAACUGAUAUGUCGUUUGUAGAAGACGGUGUUCUUGCGGAGCUUCUUCUUGGACAGAUCUUGCACAAGCGGAUGCUCCCAGAAGCUGUAAAUCCUGUUCCAAGACUCCUCCAAUGCACUGCUAAAAUGAGAUAUGAGGCAGGGCGUGUUAUUGGCCAGGGUUCUUUUGGAACUGUGUUUGAGGCAAAGUGCGCGGAAACAGGAGAAACCGUUGCAAUUAAAAAAGUGUUGCUAGAUGAAGAAGACGACAUCCGUGAACUGCAAAUUUUGCAGCUUCUUGAUCAUCCUAAUGUUGUUUCACUCAAAGACUUCUUCUUUUCUAAGACAGACAAGGAUGAGCAUCUCAAUCUGGUUCUUGAGUAUGUUCCCGAAACACUUCAUCAUGUAGCAAGAAGUUACCGCAACGCGAAUCAGAGGAUGCCUAUGAUAUAUGUCAAACUGUACACCUAUCAGAUUUUAAGAGCCUUGGCUUAUAUUCAUGCCAUUGGGGUCUGUCACAGAGACAUUAAGCCUAAAAAUAUUUUAGUGAAUCCUGAUACACACCAGCUCAAACUCUGCGACUUUGGGAUCGCAAAAGUUCUGGUCAAAGGGGAGCCAAGUACAUUCUACAUAGGUACUCGGCAAUACCGGGCACCCGAACUCCUUUUUGGUGCAACCGAGUACACAACUGCAAUUGAUAUUUGGUCUGUAGGUUGUGUUCUUGCAGAGCUGCUUCGUGAACAGCGUCUUUUCCCUGCUCCUAAGGAUACAGUGCAACAUGUUCUAGAGGUUCUGAAUGUCCUUGGCAGACCAACUGAUGAAGAAGUUGUAUGCAUGAACCCUAAGUUCAAACAGUUUGAGCACAUCCCGCCUAUCAAGGGUCAGCCAUUGUACAAAAUUUUCCACAAGUGGAGGCCCCCAAAAGAAGCUAUAGAUCUUGUUUCAAGACUCCUCCGAUAUUCUCCAAACUUGAGAGGCACUGCCUUGGAGGCCUGUAUCCACCCAUUCUUCGAUGACCUUCGUGAUCCAAAUACUCGCCUUCCAGAUGGACGACCUUUGCCACCUCUCUUUAAUUUCAAGGCUCACGAGCUAAAAGGUGCAUCAGCUAAACUUGUGGCUAGACUCAUACCAGAACAUAUGCUCGGAAGCAGCGGUGUCACGUAGGUGGCAGUGAAAUAUCUUUCAUUACUGACAGUGGAAUGCUUUAUCUGUUUUGGUAUACAUCACACUGAAAUGGUUAGGACAUCAAAUUCUUAUAGCUACAUAUAUACUUUAUUCAAAGUACAGUUGUUAGUAAUACAAAGUUUGACACUUCAAAUUUUGAUUAUAAA